UGGAAUUAUUUUAAUUCCAAUAUCACUGAUUAUAUAGCACAAUGUAACGAGCCCCUGGAUUUUUCUAGCAUAGUGUACAGAAAAAUGUAUAGAGGCGUCACUGUCGGAAAAAUAGGUAUAUUUCCUGUGUGAUUUUUCAAUUAAGUGAGAUUAACAGUGAUUUCAAAAACAACUGUAACUGUAAAUUCAUUAUAAAUAACUUUAAAUUUGCCGCCUAACAUUUCUUGAGCUCAAACAUAGUUAACGGCAGAAGAACAAUAGAUGGCUCUGUCAGUCUCAUUGUUGUUGAAAAAGAAAGGUUCAUCUGAUUUAUGUUGUCUAUGGGUCAAACUAACCUCAAAAAAUAUAAGUUGACAGUCAUGGAAUUUACUGAUGAAUAUGAUCACAAUGUGCCUGGUGUAAUGUAUUUUCCCAAAAGUUUGCCAUGUAAAGAAGUCCAAGAUUUAUAUAACUACACUCUGGAUGGUUGUAAAUGUGAAACGGAAUGCACAAAACAUAGUGCAUGUUCUUGUAUCGGAAAAAGUGGUACUUUUUACAAUUACGAUAAUAUUUAUGACACCACAAGUUAUAUGAUUCACGAAAAUACUAUAGACAGUCCGACGUAUGAAUGUAACGAAAACUGUUCUUGCAACAAAAGAGUUUGCGGAAAUAGGUUGGUCCAGUUUGGGCCCAGAAAAAACUUAAAAAUCCAGUUUUGUGGAAACGGUAAAGGCUCGGGCUUAUUCACGGCAGACGAGAUAAAAAAAGGCAAUUUCGUUUGCGAGUACGCUGGUGAAAUAAUCACAGAAAAUCAAGCCUUCGCUAGGUUUAGCAGCAACAGCGAACAAAAUAAAAUGAAUUACAUCUUCUGCAUAAAAGAACACUUUGGCGAAAAAGAAGUGAAAACUUUUAUAGACCCAUCCCACUACGGAAACCUUGGUCGAUAUAUAAAUCACAGUUGUGAACCAAAUUGCAAAUUAUAUGUCGUAAGAAUAAACGACGCGAUGCCAGUUUUAGGCAUCUUCGCUAAUGAGGAUAUCAAAGAAAACAGCGAGAUCACUUACAAUUACGGAGAGGGAGAUUUAGGCAUUGAUAAUUGUGGAAAAUAUGUUAAGAAAAAAUGUCUCUGUAACAGCCAAGGAUGUAGAAAAUAUUUACCGUUUGACGUAUCGCUAUCUACAUAAUUUUAUAUGCCUACUUACCGCUGACUUGUAGAAUUCCGUGAGAUCCUCGCAAGGAAAAACAAUGUUGAGAUUCCGAACAUCCUUCACGGGACUGA